AUGAGCGCUGACAGACCAGAAGAGGCCAAACCGCCUGGGGAAAAGGAUCGUCGAAGUCCUGUCAAAACAAAUCCCCUAACACUGAAAGAAAUUGCCUCGAGGUUUAAUAUGCCGGUGUCGGAGGGUACAACGAAGGAGUCCACCAGCGCGCCACAAAGUCUGAAGCGGUUAGGGCUUGCCGGACGCCUGGAAUCGGCAGCAGAGUCCGCUAGUAAAUCUGGCUCUUUACCAUGGUCCAAAGCAGGCUCCAUGCCAAGUCUUAGCGAUAUUCGAGCUCGUCUCAACCAGCGUGGAGUUGAUGUGACAUCGUCCAAAUGGAGUAAACGGAAUUCCGGCUCACCUGAAAACCAAUCGCCGGAAGCAUCACCUAUUGAUCCUGAACCAGUUAAUCUCUCCAAACCCCUGUCAGAUGAAGCACUCAAAGAUACCAACAUUGCGCCUUCUUCAUCAGACGAACCUGCAGACAACGUUUUGGUUGAACAGGAUGCUUCCGAGGAGCUUAAUGAGAUCAGCAAAAGCUCGCAAGUUGCUUCGGAGUUAACUCGAAAAACGGAGUCGGAGACUAACAAGCUGACAGAAGAAACGCCAGUAUCUUACGAUGGCCCUUUGCUCUCUGGUCGUGAAGAAGGCUUUGCCGCAAAGAACGGUAAGAAGCACCCAUUGGAGCAUGCAUGGACUCUUUACUAUGAUUUACAGCGUCACCAUGGGCAGUCUAGCAGUGAUCAAUACGAGGCUACUCUUAAAUGCGUCGGCGAAUUUACUACGCUUGAAUCGUUCUUUGAUACCUUCGCAACACUUCAUCGUCCUAGUCGUUUGGAAAAAAAUGCGAAUUAUCAUCUCUUCAAAAGUGGUGUAAAACCCAUGUGGGAAGAUCCGGCUAACGCAGAAGGUGGGCGGUGGGUUAUUACGCUACGAGAUCGCGCCCAAACUGCGGGCAGUCGGGCGGCACAUGAAGCGCUGGUAGACCGAAGCUGGAUGUGGCUUGUGCUGGCUUUGAUUGGCGAAACGUUGGAUGAUGAUGGUCUAGUGACUGGUGCUGUAUGUUCACUGCGAGGAAAAGGCGACCGUAUUGCGCUUUGGACGCGAGCGAAAGAGCCGGUGGAUGAGUUAAAUAAGCUUGGAAAAAAACUUUUACAGCUGCUAGAGCUUGAGAAUGAGCCUAGUGCGCAAUUGGAGUUUGGUGUAAACUUUGGCUCUAAGGACCCUGGCUAUAUAAAACAGCAUUUGGGCGGCAAAUCGCAGUCUACUGAAAUUGAUGUACAUACAUCUGAGCCAGCGUUGGAGUCAUGGUUGGAAAGUGAUGCUACUUUGCAUCCAACAGACCAUAUGAGAUACUUUGGAAGUAAGACCGCAAAACCAGCUACAGCUUGA